AUGUCACGAGAAGAGCUCUCAGCGGCUGCCGCGCCGGUGCUGUUCGUGCGGAAGCCGAAUGGAGGGCUGCGAUUUUGUUGCGACUACCGAGCGCUGAAUAAUCUGGCCAAGGCUAAGUGGUUCACCAAGUUGGACGUGGUGGCCGCUUUCCAUAAGAUCCGCAUGGCUCCGGGACAUGAGGGAAAGACUGCAUUUCGCACGAGGUUUGGGCUCUACGAGUGGCUCGUGUGCCCUUUCGGCCUGAGCGGCGCCCCGGCAUCAUUCCAACGAUACAUGAACAGUGUAUUGCGCGAAUGGCUGGACGACUUUGUCACAGCGUACCUGGAUGAUGUACUGAUCUACUCGAGCGGUUCGAAGGCGGAUCAUGAGGCUAAGGUGCGACGAGUUCUCCAAGCACUCGCCGACGCUGGGCUGCACCUAGACCCAGCGAAGUGCGAGAAAGGAAUCGCCUGCGACCCCGAAAAGCAGCGCGCCAUCCGCGAAUGGGAGGCCCCGACCACGGUGAAGGGUGUCAGAAGCUUUCUGGGCUUCGCCAACUAUUACCGGAUCUUCAUCCCCGACUAUGCCAAGAUCACGCAGUCUCUGGAUGCCCUGCUUAAGAAAGGAACUGCCUUUCAUUGGGGACGAGCGGAGAACGAGGCGUUUCAGGAGCUGAAGCGACGAUUUUGCGAGUCACCGGUGCUCAAGCAGUGGGACCCGAGCCUCCCGACCUUUUUGGAGACGGAUUGCUCAGGCUACGCAUUGGGAGGCGUCCUGUCGCAGGAAGGCCCAGAUGGACGUCGACACGCAUGCGCCUUCUUCUCGAAGCGACUUUCGCCAGCGGAGUACAACUAUCCCAUUCACGACAAGGAGAUGCUUGCCAUCAUGAGAUGUCUCGACAACUGGAACGCCGAACUUAGGAGCUGCGGCCCAUUUACAAUCCUUACCGAUCACCGCAACCUGGCCGAAUUGUCCCAGUUCGACUUCAAGCUCGAGUAUCGACCGGGAAGCGAGGCUGUCGUGCCUGAUGCGUUGUCCCGCCGUGAACAAGACAAGCCACAGGGCAUUGACGACGAGCGGGAACAAGGAAGAAUGAUACAGUUGAUACCGGAUAGUGCCAUUCCAUCAUCGACAAGAGCAUGUAUCAACGCGAUGAGUUCUGACUGUUCAGAGGCAUCCACCCUGCCGAAGAUGAAGGUCUUCGAGCCUAUAAGGCAGUCCGCAUCGCGAGCGUGCCUUCCCGCCCUCGCUGGGCCUGAAGAUCCAGAUUUCAGAAUGUGCGAUCGACGCAGGCAAAAGGCUGACAUUCAGAGACCGUAUUUGGUCGCAUGA